AUGACGCCGUUGCACGCUGACGAUUGCGCUAAACGCAAAAAAAAAAGUACGGAAGAGAUCGAAUGGCCAACGGCGACCAAAAACGUAGAAAGGGGCGUGGCCUAGCGUUUAUCACCAUUUUGGCGCGAAAUUCGAAAUUUAACCCCAUUUUUUAUGUUUUUCGUAAAAAAUUAUACAAAUUUUGUACGAUUUCGACGAUGCGAUUGCAUAACUUGUUAAACUAAUCAUCGCGCGCACUUUUUAAGCCAAAAACGAGCAGGUUUCAUUCAGAAAUGAAUCAAUUGAAUCGAUUUUCAAGUUUUGUGCUGAAAAUGCGCGAAUUUCAGUCAUUCGCCGACACUUUUUGCCGUUUGAACCCUUAAAAUACUUGUAUUAACGUGCUUAAUCACUUCCGAAACACUCACUUCAUCUCAAAACUAUCCAGAUCGGCCGGUAUGAAAAUUCCGAAAUUGCGGCGGCGAUUGGCCGCGGAGGGCGUAUUGCGAAAUAUGCGAAAAACGUCUCAAACGCGGCGUUUUCACGAAAAUUUCGAUGUUUUCUCUCUUUAAUGUCUUCUUUCGUCGAUAUCAAACACAAAAAUAUCGGAAAAGUGCUGAAAUUGCGGCAAUUUUGAGAAAACGCGUCUCAGAUUAGUCCACGCCCUUUUCUACACUUUUGGUCGCCGUGUGGCCGAGGAUUUUCCACGGCCACCACUUUGACUGCCAGCUGCUGCUGUUGCGUUCAUGCCGCGCUUACAGAAACGGUUGCUCAGACGUGUGCUCGACGAGCAACUGGUGCCGAACCACGUGGAUCGUGGCCGGUGGAGCCAUCAAAGAUCAAGUAGGUCACCAACUGAUUCAUUUUAUUUGACGCGCGCUCAGAAGAGGAAGAAGAAACUUGAUAAGUGAUGAUGUUCUGCAGGGAUGUGUGACGACCCGAUCUGAUCUGUCGGAUCAAAAGUGCCGAACGAAUCGGAAGGGCCUCGUGUCGUGCUUGUGUAAGUCUUUGUCGUGAUUUUCAAAGAACGACAGUAUUUGGUGGGGUCUGAACUUUUGCGGGCUGCUGCAAUGCAUGUGAGAACACGUUUGCGAAUGAGUGAAUUUGUAGUCUAGAGAAUGAAAUUGGCCAAUUUAUGUGUGUUCUACAUGUUCUGGGCCUAAAUAGAAAGACACUCCGUCACCGUCGAUUCAAAGCAUUGUAGCUCAGCUGCCGGUAGAGAUAUCAAAGAGUUGUCAACUGAUAUAUUGUUCAUCAAAACAUUUUGCACAUUUUUUCAGUUGACAACUUUUUGAUAUCUCUGCCGGCAGUUCAGAUAUACAGCCUUGCACGGCGACCAAAAGUGUAGAAAGGGGCGUGGCCUAAUCUGCGACGCGUUUUCUGAAAAUUGCUGCAAUUCCAGCACUUUUCCGAUAUUUUUGUGUUUGAUAUCGACGAAAGAAGAGACAUUAAAGAGAGAAAACAUUGAAAUUUUCGUGGAAACGCCGCGUUUGAGACGUUUUUGGCAUAUUUCGCAAUACGCCCUCCGCGGCCAAUCGCCGCCGCAAUUUCGGAAUUCUCAUACCGGCCGAUGUGGAUAGUUUUGAGACGAAGUGAUUGUUUCGGAAGUGAUUAAGCACGUUAAUACAAGUAUUUUAAGCGUUCAAACGGCAAAAAGUAUCGACGAAUGACUGAAAUUCGCGCAUUUUCAGCACAAAACUUGAAAAUCGAUUCAAUUGAUUCAUUUCUGAAUGAAACCUGCUCGUUUUUGGCUCAAAAAGUGCGCGCGAUGAUUAGUUUAACAAAGUCAUGCAAUCGCAUUGUCGAAAUCGUACAAAAUUCGGGUAAUUUUUGACGAAAAACAUGAAAACUGGGGUUAAAUUUCGAAUUUCGCGCCAAAAUGGCGCAUAAACCGUGCACGCUAGGCCACGCCCCUUUCUACGUUUUUCGAAUGAACAGCCACACAGUAUUUACGGUAGUUUCUGAUCCAGGCGACUCUGAAAAGUGCAACGACGCCUCGUUCUCGAUCGCGUCGGACGUGACGCUCGUGAUUCCGCCGGUCAUCAAGUGUCACAGCGGAGACGUAAUUUCCGACGAUAACUUUUGUUUUGGCCACGCGUGCACCUACAAACGAUCUCUGGUACCGACUUGAAAAUCGCCCAUUUUUUGUUCAUCAUUUCUUCCAGAUACUGAACGAUUUCGGAGACAUUCUACCUUCCAAGUACGCGCCCGAUCGAGGUUGUGAUAGUUCUGAAUGUACGUACCCAGAGGCGAACGUCGAAUUGUAGCCCCUCGCCCCCGUUUCCAGACAAUCACGACUUCAACUCGAUGAACACGUGCAUUCAGACCGACGAUCAAAUAUUGUGCUAUUGCAAUACGGAAUACUGUAAUCUCGAGCAACCGUAUCCGGUUCCCGUUGGCCCGCUUUUGUGCUAUUUGAGCGAUGACUCGCGCGACGACGAGUGGCCCUACUCGCUCAAGUUCUGCUAUGGUAACCCGGGGACCGCAAAGUGAAGGGGCACGUUUUGAAACUUCUCAGGUCACGUGUGCUACAUUCCCAAAGACAACUACCGGAACAAGAGAGGAUGCAUGAGCGUGAGCGACGGAGCGCCAGAAGAGCUGAAGCGAGGCGGCGAGAACGAGGUGUACAGGAUGUGCGUCGAGGAUUUGUGCAACGGAGAAUACAACGAUUCUUGA